UCACGUAGAGAUUUCCGAAAGAAGCAAGUAGGGGCACGCAGAAGAGCAGUGUCCGACUCCGACGACCAAGAACAGCAGCCAGAAGCAGUUUCCGAGAGCAAAACAAUACUAAAAAUGGCUGGGCAAUCGAGGAAAUGGAUGAUUCUAGUGGCCACUAUAUGGAUUCAAGCAUUUACAGGCACGAAUUUUGAUUUCUCGGCGUACUCAUCACAGUUGAAAUCUGUGCUUGGUAUAUCUCAGGUGCAACUAAAUUACUUAGCAGUUGCUUCUGAUCUUGGUAAGGUGUUUGGAUGGUCUUCAGGAUUGGCUUUGAACCAUUUUCCAUUAUGGGUGGUUCUUUUCAUGUCUGCUUUUAUUGGAUUCUUUGGUUAUGGUUUUCAGUGGCUUGUCAUUAGAAACGUCAUCGUUUUGCCUUAUAUCUUGGUGUUUCUCCUUUGUUUGCUGGCUGGAUGCAGCAUCUGCUGGUUCAACACUGUAUGCUUUGUACUCUGCAUUCAAAAUUUCCCAGCUAGCAGAGCCCUAGCUUUAUCUCUCACUGUAGCCUUCAAUGGUGUUAGUGCAGCUUUAUAUACUCUGGCUGGCAAUGCAAUAGAUCCAUCAUCAGAUGAUAUAUAUCUUCUUUUAAAUGCCCUUGUUCCCCUUAUCACUUCCAUUGUAGCUUUGCUCCCAAUUCUCCGCCAACCAUCUUUAGAUCCCCUCUCCCCUGACGGAGUUCGCCGUGAUUCUAUCAUAUUUCUCAUAUUGAAUUUCAUAGCCAUUUUCACAGGAGUCUAUCUCCUUCUCUUCAGUUCAACCUCAUCUAAUUCAACAGAAGCUUCUCUACUCUUAGGUGGAGCACUUCUUCUUCUCAUGUUCCCAUUGUGCAUCCCUGGUGUUGUCUAUGCUAGAGACUGGUUUCACCAUACCAUUCAUUCUAGUUUCCACCUUCAAGGCUCUGGCUUUAUUCUUGUGGAUGUUGAUGAUCUUGAGCUUCAUAAAGAGCUCCUUACCCGUGAGCUGAGUAAUCAUGAGAAUGGGGAUGGUGGAGUUGCAAUACAGAAAAGCCCAAGGGAAAAGGAAGGGUGCUGUGAGACAAUUGUUGGGAAAGAUAGGCUGAUAAUGCUUGGGGAAGAGCAUCCAGCAUCUUUGCUUGUUCGAAGGUUGGAUUUUUGGUUAUACUACAUUGCAUAUUUUUGUGGAGGCACAAUUGGCCUCGUGUACAGCAACAACCUAGGCCAAAUAGCACAAUCACUGGGACAAAGCAAGCACACUACAACUCUUCUCACUAUGUAUUCAGCCUUUUCCUUUUUCGGCCGACUACUUUCAGCUGCACCAGACUAUUUACGGGUGAAGAUGUAUUUUGCAAGGACUGCAUGGCUAACCAUUGCUCUUGUACCAACUCCAAUUGCUUUCUUCCUUCUUGCCAUAUCAGGCAGUGCACUGGCAUUGAAGAUAGGCACUGCAUUAGUUGGAUUGAGUUCCGGGUUCAUAUUCGCUGCAGCUGUAUCGAUAACAUCCGAGCUAUUUGGACCGAACAGCAUAGGUGUGAACCACAACAUUCUCAUUACCAACAUUCCAUUAGGUUCACUUAUCUAUGGAUUGGUUGCUGCUAUAGUGUAUGAUUCUAAUGCAAGCAGUGUUGGCCUAAACAUUAUUACUGAUUCAGUGGUUUGCAUGGGGAGGAAAUGCUAUUUCUUAACAUUUGUAUGGUGGGGGUGCCUUUCAGUUUUGGGGUUAGGUUCUAGUUUGCUGUUAUUCUUAAGGACAAGGCAUGCCUAUGAUCUGUUUGAAAGAAAUAGGAUUUCUACACAACUGUAUUAAGAUAGAGCAUUGGAAUUUUUUAUGGAGAGAGAUCAUACAUUUGAAUAUUGUUUGGAUUCAAUAGAAGAAGGAUGCCGAGUUACUUGGGAUCAGGAGGCGUUUGUUUUGCAGAAGGGAAAAAAGUUUGUAUAGGUAUUUUUAUGUUGUAAUCAGGCAACAGAUCUUGUAAUAAUUGUAUAGCUAUUUGAAUAUUGUUUGUAUAGCUAAUCGACGAUGAAAUUAUCCAUUCUUUAUCGAUGAAAAUUCAUAGCUUUCUUUUUCA